CCGAAGCACGGCAGCCAACCAGAAUGGAGUAGGAGUAGUACAAGAAAAGAGCAGUGUAGUCACCAAGCACCAAUGAUUUGCGAGAAGAGAGAUGAGACUUUAUAGGCGUCUCUGACUCUUUCCCUCUCUAGAGAGAGCUCUACGGAGGGAAGGAGAGUUCGUGUUGGAUAAGACAAGAAGAGAGAGUGGAGAUAGCAGAAUGAGAGGAUUUCCUUCCAGAUUCUGAAUCUCCUGGCGCUGCUACACAUCUUCUUCUUCCAGUGUAAGAUCAGGUCAGCUAAUCAACUGAAGCAGCAUGAGCUCCCAGGGUGUUGUUGCUGCGAAGCCAAUCGCGGUGCCAGACAAAACAGCGCAUUCUUAUGCCUGUGGAUCCUCACAAUCUUCAGUUCAUAAGCUGCUAGAUGAUAAAUUGGAUCACCUUGGAUUGUUGGAUGAUAAUUUGUCAUCUACCAGUCAGUCAUCAAGCAUCAAGACCGAGCUGAUCCGAUCGUCGAGCUUGCCAAGGAGUAGCCUACAAUUUAACCUUCAGAAAAGAAACUCUGAAUCUGACCCUGAAAGCCCGUUGUCGCACGUCUCGCAUCCCAAUUUUUCAGACCCUAUGCCCUCAAAUUCUUCAACGUUCUGCACGAGUUUGUUUUCGUCAUCGUCGAUAAACCUGCAGGCACCAUGCCGGCAAAUGGGUGCUUUGCCUUUCCUGCCUCACCCUCCCAAGUUUGAGCAAGAAGCUUUCCCAGGGCAGUCAUCAAGCUCCUCCCUGCACCUCAGUGGUGAUACUGGCAAUGUUCAUGAUGAAGCGGAACAGUCAGAUGAUGAUAUAAAGGAGUUUCUCAAUCUUUCUGGAGAUGCUUCAGAUGGCAGCUUCCAUGGUGAAAACCAUGCCUUUGCUUUUGCCGAGCAGAUGGAGUUCCAAUACUUGUCUGAGCAGCUAGGAAUUGCCAUCACUGAUAACGAGGAGAGUCCUCAGUUAGAUGACAUAUACAACACACCGGCACCACAAAUUUCAUCACUUCCAGUAUCAUCCUGCUCCAAUCAGAGUGUGCAGAGUCUAGGAUCUCCAGCUAAAGUACCGCUUAGCGCAUCCUUGUCAUCUUCUGCGUCUGCAGCAUCUAACAAGUCAAGAUUGAGGUGGACACUGGAGCUCCAUGAGCGUUUUGUAGAGGCCGUGAACAAGCUUGAAGGACCUGAAAAAGCAACUCCCAAGGGCGUGCUGAAACUUAUGAAAGUUGAUGGCCUCACCAUCUAUCAUGUAAAGAGCCAUUUGCAGAAGUAUCGCCAUGCAAAGUAUAUUCCAGAGAUGACCAAAGAAGACAAGAAGGCCUCCUCGGACAUCAAGAGGGUGCAAGCGAGUAGUAGUGGAAGUGAUCCGUGCAAAAACAAGAACUUGGCAGAAGCUCUACGGAUGCAACUGGAGGUUCAGAAGCAGCUCCAUGAACAACUGGAGAUGCAAAGGCAAUUGCAGCUACGCAUCGAAGAGCACGCGAAAUACUUGCAGAGGAUACUGGAGGAGCAGCAGAAGGCUGGCAACGGCAGUGGGAGAUCUGUGUCUCUGAAACCCCCAACUGAGCCGUCCGAAUCGACGUCCAGAGCUAGAACUGAACCCGAAGCGGCGACGGCUUCUUCACCUCAGCCAUCCACAAGCAGAGCCGCCGUGGAUGCAGACACAGAGCGUGGCUCGCCGGUGGGCACAAAGAGAGCCAAGGUUCAUGGCCUGAGUGAGUCCCCGUGUUCAUAACAGCCAUCAGAUUUUUCCAACACUUCGCCGUUUCCUGGCAAUUGGUAGAAGCUCAUCACUUCUCAGUGACAAGUUGUCCCCGUUAUAUAUUGAUAUACACUACACAUAUGGAAGCAUGGUAGCAUGAGUGGACCUGAUUUUUAGCCAGGGUAUGUAUGUAUAUGUAUAUAGUUUUCACUUUGGUAAUGGAAAUGGGGAACCAAUAAGCUGAUCA